UCAGUCAACCCCCCUCGGGGUCGGGGCCGGGAUUAACAUCUCAGUCCUCGUCGUCUUCCUUUAUAAGCCAGCUAGAGUCGUUGGCAUUGCACUCUUACAGGACUGUGAAGGGAAACGGGUAUGAAGUGAAGGUGUAUGGAGGCAUUCAACCACAGCAGAGAACUUUGCUGCUUCCCAGGUAUCUUCUUAGAAGGGCAGAUCACAAAGACCUUGAGAAGCUCCUUUAUGCCCAUCUUCUUCAACUGGAGGCUGAGACGCGGCUUGAAGAAAGAUACGCACCGGCAGCCUGCACCCAGUUGAACUCGGAACUGCAGCUAUAUAUGUUGAAGGUGUGGGGAGACAAGGCGAGAUUUGAUGUGCAACUUCUCAACCAAGUCCUUUCCAAUGCUGUAACUUAGGAGCCGUUCGAUCACAUCAUCGUGACGUUGUCUUUCAUCCUGUACUAUGCGCAUCGGACUUGGUCGUUUUUUAAUGCUUUGAUUAAUUUAGGGUACGGGAGCCCAUACCCUAAAUUAUUCCUAUCUUUCUCCCUUCAAAAAUCUAUCCAAAAGUUACUUAGAGAUUUUCAGACACAUA